AUGGAUUUCGCAAAUUUUGAUCCUGCCGAAGCUGUGCUAUUGAAAAGUGUACAAAUAACUCAAAGCACGGAUGAAAGGCCUUUUGUUGAUGAGAAUCCUUGUUUAUUAUGCGGACAUAAAGCAUUUGCUAAUUAUAUAGAUUUAACAUUAGUGACAUCGUGUACUUCUCAAAGUUCUACUCCAGUCAGAAAAAAACUCAAAGAUAUAUUAAAAAAAGUUUGGGUUCAAACGAAAGAAAAUAAUAUAUUGUGUUUAGCGUGUUAUGAUUUAGUUGACAGAUACGAUAGUUUAGAAGCUCAAUUAAAUAAUAUUAGGGAAAAUAUUGAAGAAAAAUACCAAAAAACUUAUGAUGAUAAAUAUUCGAAUGAAGUAGAUUUAGAAGACAAAGGAAAUGAUGAUUCUGAAUAUUCAGGACCUGAAAAUGAAGUUACAAAUACUGAAAGAAUUAAUUCAGAACAGCACACGUUAGAAGGUCAACAAAAUACGCAGCAGCAGCAGCAGCAGUCGCAACAACAACAAAUAACGAAAGCUCCAGUACCUCCAGCCAUUCCAGUAGAAGUUAUAGAAGCAGUUCCAAAUUUAAACGUCUACGAUGAAAAUCAUCAAAUGCUACAGAGAGGUCAAAAAAUGAGGUUGGGAAAAUUAAUUAAUGACAAUGGGUUAGACAUGUACAAAUGUGGAUAUUGUCAACACACAUGGGCAACAAUAGCUCACCUUCACAAUCAUGUACAUUCAUAUCACAUGCCUGAAGUUGUCGAUGUGGCCAUUCCAGCCGAAUUAGGUUUGGGCAAUACAAUGAAUUGCGGUAUAGAAUUACAAAAUGUGUCUGAGCCUCCAGAAUGUCCUAAACCUUGGUCUUGCAUAUUUUGCGACGCUGCAUUUCGCGCACGAACAAACAUGUCUUCUCACUUUAAAGAAAAGCAUACGCCGCAUAAGCCAUUUUUGUGCGUGGAUUGCGGAGAAGCAUUUAGAAAAGGAAUCGAUCUUAACAGGCACAAACUUUAUUUCUGCCCAGAGAGAACCAUCACAUUCGCACCUAAAAGAAAAUACAAAAAACGUGAGCCUAAAGAUAAAAAUUCGACGAAAAAAAAAGCGUCGAAAAAUGAAAGCGGAGACAACAGUGAAUAA